CUAGCUUCGGAAAAUUACCUUCCGGGUCGAGGUGCUUAGAGACGAAAGAGGAGUUGUAAGCCUCCUAAAAUUCUACACUUUCGUGACUCCUCUCUCCCGGACUCAAAUUCUUUUUGUGUCUCGUGAGUCUGCGCGGCCAUGCUAAGCGUACUCUCCACCACUACUUCAGCUUCUAGCGCCUCCUGACUUUUAUGGACCGGAAGAGUCCCUUUCAUCAACAAAGCUCGGUGGGCACUUCCGGAAGUGACACGCCAGGAUCCGGGAGAGUACUGGCGGGAGUGGAGAAAGGCAGCGAUUCACGCCGCGGGUGGAGGAUGAAGAAGGAGCAUGUUAGUCACUGCCAGUUCUCCGCCUGGUACCCGCUCUUCCGAAGCCUUACCAUCAAGAGUGUCAUUCUCCCACUUCCUCAGAAUGUGAAAGACUAUUUACUUGACGAUGGGACUCUGGUGGUUUCAGGAAGGGAAGAUCCGCCAACAUGUUCCCAGCCAGACAGUGACAAUGAAGCAGAAGAAACACAGUGGUCCGAUGAUGAGAACACAGCGACACUUACGGCACCAGAAUUUCCUGAGUUCAACACUCAAGUCCAGGAAGCUAUCAAUUUGCUGGGGGGUAAUGUCUUCCCUAAGCUUAACUGGAGUGCCCCAAGGGAUGCAUACUGGAUAGCAAUGAACAGUUCUCUGAAGUGUAAAACUCUCAGUGACAUCUUCCUGCUUUUCAAGAGUUCUGAUUUCAUCACUCGUGACUUCACACAGCCGUUCAUUCAUUGUACUGAUGAUUCUCCAGAUCCUUGUAUAGAAUAUGAGCUUGUCCUCCGAAAAUGGUGUGAGUUAAUUCCUGGGGCUGAAUUCCGAUGUUUUGUCAAGGAAAACAAGCUUAUUGGUAUUUCUCAGAGGGACUACACGCAAUACUAUGACCAUAUUUCUAAACAAAAAGAAGAAAUCUGUAGAUGCAUUCAAGACUUUUUCAAGAAACACAUACAGUAUAAAUUCUUAGAUGAAGACUUUGUGUUCGAUAUAUACAGAGACAGUAGGGGGAAAAUAUGGCUGAUUGAUUUUAAUCCAUUUGGGGAAGUCACAGACUCAUUGUUGUUUACUUGGGAAGAGCUGACAUCUGAGAACAACCUAAGAGGUGACUUCAGUGAAGGGGAUGAUCAGGGGCAGGAUUCACCGGCUUUCCGCUGUACAAACAGUGAAGUCACAGUACAGCCCAGCCCCUAUCUGAGCUACCGACUACCCAAGGACUUCGUGGACCUUUCCACUGGGGAGGAUGCUCACAAGCUCAUCGAUUUUCUCAAGCUGAAAAGAAAUCAGCAAGAGGACGACUGAGUGCUGCCUUGAGAAUAAAUAGAAGAAGGAAACACAGCUCCCAGUGAUCCAAACGAGAUGGAGGUGUCGAGGGCAGUGUGCAAAGUCAUAGGUUUUUAUAUUCCUAUAUGUUCACUUGGGGAAAGAUGAAGGCACAUUGGUACUCAUAAGAAAAAUCACAUAAUAAACAGACCUUAAACAUAAGGAAGCAUACUGUUCUGAUAAUAAAAUGACUUUUAUGAAAUA